AUGAUCCCUAAAGUGGAAGGGACACCACGAUCCCUAAAGUGGAACGGACACCACAAUCCAACAAGGGAAAGGGACACCACAAUCCAACAAGGAAAAGGGACACCACAAUCCAACAAGGGAAAGGGACACCACAAUCCAACAAGGGAAAGGGACACCACAAUCCAACAAGGGAAAGGGACACCACAAUCCAACAAGGGAAAGGGACACCACAAUCCAACAAGGGAAAGAGGCACCACAAUCCAACAAGGGAAAGAGGCACCACAAUCCAACAAGGGAAAGAGGCACCACAAUCCAACAAGGGAAAGGGACACCACAAUCCAACAAGGGAAAGGGACACCACAAUCCAACAAGGGAAAGGGACACCACAAUCCAACAAGUGAAAGGGACACCACAAUCCAACAAGGGAAAGGGACACCACAAUCCAAUCCAACAAGGGAAAGAGGCACCACAAUCCAACAAGGGAAAGAGGCACCACAAUCCAACAAGGGAAAGAGGCACCACAAUCCAACAAGGAAAGGGACACCACAAUCCAACAAGGGAAAGAGGCACCACAAUCCAACAAGGGAAAGGGACACCACAAUCCAACAAGGAAAGGGACACCACAAUCCAACAAGGAAAGGGACACCACAAUCCAACAAGGGAAAGAGGCACCACAAUCCAACAAGGAAAGGGACACCACAAUCCAACAAGGAAAGGGACACCACAAUCCAACAAGGAAAGGGACACCACAAUCCAACAAGGAAAGGGACACCACAAUCCAACAAGGGAAAGAGGCACCACAAUCCAACAAGGGAAAGGGACACCACAAUCCAACAAGGGAAAGGGACACCACAAUCCAACAAGGGAAAGGGACACCACAAUCCAACAAGGGAAAGGGACACCACAAUCCAACAAGGGAAAGAGGCACCACAAUCCAACAAGGGAAAGAGGCACCACAAUCCAACAAGGGAAAGGGACACCACAAUCCAACAAGGGAAAGGGACACCACAAUCCAACAAGGGAAAGGGACACCACAAUCCAACAAGGGAAAGAGGCACCACAAUCCAACAAGGGAAAGAGGCACCACAAUCCAACAAGGGAAAGAGGCACCACAAUCCAACAAGGGAAAGAGGCACCACAAUCCAACAAGGAAAGGGACACCACAAUCCAACAAGGAAAGGGACACCACAAUCCAACAAGGGAAAGAGGCACCACAAUCCAACAAGGAAAGGGACACCACAAUCCAACAAGGGAAAGAGGCACCACAAUCCAACAAGGGAAAGGGACACCACAAUCCAAUAA